UUUGUUUCCUGAUUUUCAUUUUUCCUAACUUUUAAAGUUGUGGCAUGAUAGGAACAUUUUAUUUGGUGAUUGAAAAACUUCCUCUCUUCUCUUUUGCCAUGUGUUUUUAUGAAUUUUCUUGAAGACAAUCACCACAACACAAGAUGUAACUUGGGUUAAUCAAUCUACUUUGGGGGCAUUUCAACACUGCAUGGAAUUGAAAUCAUUCCUUCUUUUUUGGAAUUAGUGCUUGAAAUAAGUUAUUUUGUUACAAACAGAUGCAUAUUAAAAUUGUGUUUAAGGUUUGGAGAAACAACAGAGUUAUUUAUGUCAAUAGCUCCUUCAUUUUUAUUUUAGAAAUCUAUGAGAAAUUUGAGCAGAAAUUUCAAAGGCAAGAGGGUCAAAACCCUCUUUAUACUUUAUAUUUGAUAAUUCAAUAUAGAUGGCCAUUCCUUAUUAUGAAUUCAUAUACUUUAUAAUACUAGUGGCCACACACAUGAUGGGAUAAUUUUGAGAUACGUGUGAAAUAGGACUUUUAACAUUUGGGCACAACAAAGAAAGAGGUUUGUGUAUCCUCAACUUAUCAAUAUAUCCCUAAUGCUUUCUAAUACUUAGAAUUUGGAUUCUUUUGGGUGAAAGUGGCAACUUUGCUGAUUGAAAAACCACCAUGGAGUUCUCUUUAUUAAUAAGCAUCCAUAAAAAUCUUUUUCAAAACUUAAAUAGCUAUAUGUACAGAUAUUUAGUGUAAUUUAUUAGUUUUAAAGCUCCUAUUAUUCAAGCUUUCACUCUGUAUUAUACUCAAGCAUCUCAGUACUUACGUCUAAGUUCAAUCGGGUUAUCUAUCCAGAUACAGCUUUUACACUUUUGUCCUCGUGAAAGUUUACAUAUGCUGAUGCUCACAAUACCCAUAUAUUUUAGAUUUCCUUAAAUUAUCUGUCUAUAAGUUGGGCCCCAGGACUUAUAUCUGCAUAUGCAUUACAGGUAGAGCCUUUUAAGAAGUAUAUAGACCUGCUAAAGUAUAAGAAGGAUUCAUCUGCAAUCAGGAAUGAAUCCACCUAAAGUCAAGCGUCGAGUUGGGAAAUAUGAGGUGGGAAGGACAAUUGGGGAGGGUACAUUUGCGAAAGUCAAGUUUGCAAGGAAUUCUGAGACUGGGGAACCGGUUGCUAUAAAGAUCCUGGACAAAGAGAAGGUUCUGAAACACAAAAUGGCUGAACAGAUAAAGCGGGAAGUAGCAACAAUGAAACUAAUAAAGCAUCCAAAUGUUGUUCGCUUAUAUGAGGUAAUGGGGAGCAAGACAAAGAUAUUCAUUGUUUUAGAGUUUGUUACUGGGGGAGAGCUCUUUGACAAAAUUGUAAACCAUGGGCGAAUGAGGGAGGAUGAAGCAAGAAGGUAUUUCCAGCAGCUUAUUAAUGCUGUUGAUUAUUGUCACAGUAGGGGUGUCUACCACAGAGACUUAAAGCCAGAAAAUCUGCUGUUGGAUGCUUAUGGAAACCUCAAAGUUUCUGAUUUUGGAUUAAGUGCAUUGUCCCAACAAGUCAGGGAUGAUGGCCUGCUUCACACUACCUGUGGAACUCCAAACUAUGUUGCCCCUGAGGUCCUUAAUGACAGAGGCUAUGAUGGUGCAACUGCAGACUUGUGGUCCUGUGGUGUUAUACUCUUUGUAUUGCUUGCAGGGUACUUGCCUUUUGAUGAUUCUAAUCUUAUGAUCCUAUAUAAAAAAAUAUCAGCUGCAGAAUUUACUUGUCCACAUUGGCUCUCUUUCGGUGCUAUGAAAUUGAUAACUCGCAUUUUGGAUCCCAACCCUAUGACUCGUAUUACAAUCCCUGAAAUUCUAGAAGAUGAAUGGUUUAAGAAAGGUUAUAAGCCCCCUGUGUUUGAGGAGAAAGGAGAUGCAAACUUGGAUGAUGUAGAAGCUGUAUUUAAAGAUUCAGAAGAACAUCAUGUUACAGAGAAAACGGAGGAACAACCAGCAGCAAUGAAUGCAUUUGAAUUAAUUUCCAUGUCAAAAGGGCUCAACCUUGGGAAUUUGUUUGAUAUAGAACAGGGAUUCAAGAGAGAAACGAGGUUCACAUCAAAAUGCCCUGCCAAUGAGAUAAUUCAUAAGAUUGAAGAAGCUGUGAAGCCUCUUGGGUUUGAUGUUCACAAGAAAAACUAUAAGAUGAGGCUUGAAAAUAUGAAAGCUGGGAGAAAGGGGAACCUUAAUGUGGCUACAGAGGUAUUUCAAGUGGCACCUUCUCUUCAUAUGGUUGAGGUUCGAAAAGCAAAGGGAGAUACUCUGGAGUUCCAUAAGUUCUACAAAAAUCUUUCGACCUGCCUUGAGGAUGUGGUUUGGAAAACUGAGGAUGACAUGCAAGAAACGAAAUAAGAAUGUCCCCCACCUUGGAGGGUGGCAGAAUGUCAGUCCUCUCUCAAGAAUUUUGAGACACGUGGCUUCACUAAUUGUUUUCCUGUGUUAUUAUCUUUGGAAAGCAAAGGGUGGUUCCCAUUGAGGUGCACUGUGUAAUUUGAACUCUUUUGACAUUGCAAUAUCAUUUAUGGAUGAUGCUUGAUGAGGGGGAAAAGAAAAAGAAGAUAUAUACCCAUACCCAUUUGUAUAUUUACUUUUUGGUUCUUUUUGUUCCUCCUAUAUUAUUUUGCUCACUUUUGAGCUGAUGAUAUUUAAUAUAAUUUUUUGGUUGCUA